GCUUGGGAAAUAACCUGAUGGUACUCGUAACAUAUAAAGUCGUACGGUCUUACUUCUAAAGUUAUUAUCAAUCAUGAAGCUGCUGGUGGUGUUACUUGUGGUGUUUGCGUUGACGACAUGUCUUUGCGAGAGUGCUGCCCUAAACUCAGAUCCAAGAAUUAGAGAAACACGCGGUAUUAAACCUGGUGGCGGUGGUGGAAUGAAAAUAGUGAUCAUCAAAAGUAACGGGGGUGGAUGUGGUGGACGCAGUGGACAAGGGGGUAGCCGGGGGCAUGGCAGCGGAGGUGGCUAUGGAAGCGGCAGUGGUUACGGGAGUGGGGGCGGGGGCGGGGGCGGCGGCGGCGGCGGCGGCGGUGGCGGUGGUGGUUACGGGAGUGGAUUUGGAUAUGGAAGCGGUGGUGGAUAUGGAAAGAAAUAAUAAACAAGCUGAUGACGAUGAUAAAUAUUAUGAAAUGUAUGUAGGUACCUACAUGUGUAUUUUUUGCGAGCCAGACAUUAACUACUAUUAUAGACUAUACCACGUAUGUAGAGCUCAGCUUUUAUGUUGUCCUACCCUACAUAUAGCUUGUCCUUCAGCCUUCUCCGGUCUCGACUUUCACAAUUUUUCACUUUUGUUACGAUUUACAAUUGGGUUGGGCCCGAAUUUUGCUCCGUUGCACCAACCAGCCCAGAAUCUCUCCCUCAUGCUGUACUGCUCUAGAUUUGUUCGCCACGUAUUGCACACCCAGCCGAGUUGCUGCAAAGCUACAAUUGUGUUGCUGCAGUUGGUAAGGUUCGGGGCCCCCGAAGAAAUCAAGUCUCGCUUUCGAGCGAGGCCAAAGGCCGAGCAGAAGGAGAGUAAAUUAGAUAAGAACGUUUUUUUUUUUAAAUGCUAGUAAUUAUUUAUUAAAUAAUAAAUAUAAUUUUGUAUAGAUAGCAGUAAAGUUAUAAGAAACACCAUUUAUGCCCAAAUAAAGGAUGUAAGAUAAGUAAAACUGCAACGAAUAAUAUUUACAAAUAUAUAGAAUCACAAAAUUAAAUUUACGUUAAAAACAGUGACAUAUGUUGAAGUAUAUUGCUGUUGAAGACCAGAACGGAACACCUGACAUGUACGUCAUGUUUUUAAUAUUUGAUAUAUUGUUUUUGUAUGAUGACUAUGUGUAACUAAAAGGUGUUUGGCAAUAUUGUCUUCAGUUCUUCGUUAAGUUUGUUCAGCAAGUAAGGUUUUUAAGCAACAUUUAUGUCGAGGUUAAGAUCUGAUGAUGUAUUCCAUGAGGAAAUUGAGGGAAUUUCUCGACUUUACUCUUAUCAGUACACUCAGCGAUUUUUAUUAAAUAAAAGAACCAAGCAUUUGCAAUGUAGUGAUAUAUGGAGAUAUAGAACUGCUCAAAAAUAGAACGUCUUCAGGCCAAUCGUAAUUGGAGGUGCACUAUGUUUGUAAACAAUUGAAAUUACAUGUAAAACUGUUUUGUGAGGCCGAUUUUUAUCUUAUAAAGAUUAUGUUCGUUUAUAAUCUCCAAUACAUCACAAGAAAUGAAAAUCAUGUGUUAGAAGCACAAAUAUAAUUAUCUAAUGCUUAGUGUUUAUCGUUGUACGCAAUCAUAAUGAACAAAAUAGUGAUGGUCUAGAUGGAUUAUGUUUUGCUAACAAAUGGCUCGACGACGUCAAAACAUUUUCUUAUGAUAAAAGUUUAUACUUUACUAUUGUUUACCUACUAGACACUAACAGUGUCUAUAUUUAUAAUAUUAAACGCUUUUUGAAAUAAAAACUUAACCGAAUCAAA